UGGCUAUAACAAAACCCUUCUUUCCUUCUUCUCCUAAUACACUGAAAAAUUCCUAACUCUCUUAAAAACCUUCCAAAAUCUCAUAUUUUUAGGUAACCCAUGUGAUGGAAUCCUUCAGAAUCAGCAUAUACUCUGUUCUUUCAUGGAUUCCUUUACAGACCUGUGAAUGUUGAAGAGAGAGAGAGAGAGAGAGAGAGAGAAAAGAAAAAGAAAAAAACAGGGGAGGAUCGUUGAGGGAGAAAGAAAAAGAAGAUUGAGGAGAGGAAGUUAUGGAGGAGAGGCAUAUUUUGUUUGGGAAAUAUGAGAUGGGGAGGUUGUUGGGGAAAGGGACUUUUGCGAAAGUGUACUACGGGAAGCACAUGGUUUCCGGCGAGAGCGUGGCGAUUAAAGUUAUCAGUAAAGAUCAGGUGAAGAAAGAAGGGAUGAUGGAGCAGAUCGAGCGGGAGAUCUCCAUCAUGCACCUUGUCCGCCACCCCAACGUCGUCGAACUCAAGGAGGUCUUGGCUACAAAAACCAAGAUCUUCUUUAUUAUGGAGUAUGUUCGCGGCGGGGAGCUGUUUGGGAAAGUUGUCAAGGGGAAGCUGAAGGAGGAUCUUGCCCGGAGGUAUUUUCAGCAAUUGAUUAGCGCGGUGGAUUUUUGUCACAGUCGUGGGGUUUCCCACCGGGAUUUGAAACCGGAGAAUUUGCUUUUGGACGAAAACGAAGACCUUAAAAUCUCCGAUUUUGGGUUGUCCGCGUUGCCGGAGCAGCUGCGGAAUGAUGGGCUCCUUCACACCCAGUGUGGAACUCCGGCUUAUGUUGCGCCAGAGGUUCUUAGGAAGAAAGGGUAUGACGGAUCCAAGGCGGACAUUUGGUCUUGUGGGGUGAUUCUAUACGUGCUUCUCGCUGGAUUUCUGCCAUUUCAAGACGAGAAUCUGAUGAAUAUGUACCGGAAAAUUUUCAAGGCCGAAUUUGAGUACCCACCAUGGUUUUCAACGGAAUCGAAGCGAUUGGUUUCCAAACUUUUAGUGGCCAACCCAGAAAAAAGAAUCACAAUUCCAGCGAUAAUGCGUGUCCCCUGGUUUAGAAAAGGGUUCACACGUCCAGUGAAACUUUCAAUCCAAGAACCGGUACCGGAAAAUACAGAGGAUAACGGUGACUCUGUUUCCAAAACCCACAAAUCCUCGUCGCCAAAAUUCUUUAACGCGUUUGAAUUCAUAUCCUCCAUGUCAUCAGGGUUCGAUUUAUCCAGCCUCUUUGAAUCAAAAAGAAAAUCGGGGUCGAUGUUCACUUCCCGAUGUUCGGCGAACACUAUAAUGUCGAGAAUCGAAGGAGUCGCGAAAGCGAUGAACUUUAACGUGGGGAAUGUGAAGGACUUCAAGAUGAGGUUACAGGGGACGUCGGAAGGGAGGAAAGGGCGGUUGUCCGUGACGGCAGAGGUUUUCGAGGUGGCGCCACAAGUAGCGGUGGUGGAAUUCUCCAAGUCCUCCGGCGACACCUUGGAGUACGUGAAGUUUUGCGUGGAAGAUGUUCGGCCGGCACUAAAAGACAUUGUGUGGACAUGGCAAGGCGACGAUUUCAACAACUGCAGCAACGCUAAAGUUGAAGAAGAAAAACUGUGAAGAACCAAAGUACUGACCCUUACUAGGGUUUCUUUACUUGUCUUCUUCUUGUUUUUUAUUUUUGGAAAAUAUAGCUUUGAGGACAAAAAUUUGUAAAUAUAUGCGGAUCGGUACAUUAAUGAAAUGGGCAUGGGAUC